UCGAGGCUAGAGUCGAGUGUUUACCCACUUUUUACGAAGCCGUUCUCAGAGUAUUCGUCCUUGUUAUAGACUUCCGUUUCGUGGAAUGCAGAUGGGAGUCGGAUGUGUUGCUUUGGUACGCAUAUCUGCUACUCCUCGUAAAGGCCGUUGGGAAGAUGCUAAGCAAAUGUUAAGAGAAAUGGACAUCAGAAAGAUCAAUCCUGACAUGCACACUUAUAAUAUCCUCAUGGAUGCAUUUUGUAAAGAAGGGAUGAUAGAAGAUGCUGAAAGUGUUUUCUGUAUCAUGAUUGAAAAAGGUGAGCAACCAGAUGUUGUCUCGUAUAGUGCACUCAUUGAUGGAUAUUGUUUGCGAGGUCAAAUGAAAGAAGCUACAGCAGUCUUCAACACCAUGAUUGAUAAAAAUAUCGAGCCUAACAUCAUCACUCUUAACAGCUUAAUAAAUGGGCAUUGCAAAAGGUCGAACAUAGAUGAGGCAAUGAAGUUAUUUAAGGAGAUAGCUCGCAAGAAGUUGGAACCCACAGUUUCAACGUACAGCACGAUCUUGUAUGGAUUGUUUAAGGUGGGGAGAUCAAAAGAUGCUCUAGAACUUUUUGAACAUAUGCAAUCUAUAGGCCUAACUCCAAAUUUUAUCACUUAUUCUGUCUUAUUGGAUGGACUAUGCAAAAAUCAUCAGGUGGACAAGGCACUAUCUUUGUUUCGUAUUAUAAUAAAAAACGGGAUACAUCCUAAUGUGGCCAUGUACACUGUCCUUAUUGACGGUAGCUGCAAGAAUGGGAAGCUUGAUACUGCCAUGGACCUUUUCUGUGAACUUUAUUCAAGAGGUUUGCAUCCGAACAUUGUGACUUACAAUGCCAUGAUUAAUGGGUUCUGUAACAAGGGCCUGAUUGAGGAAGCAAAAGAGGUUGUUAUUAAAAUGGAGAAGAAUGGAGUCUUUCCAAAUAGUGUCACUUACAACAUUAUUCUUCAAGGUAUUCUGAGGUGGAAAAAACCAAAAGAUGUGUUAUCACAUCUGAAGGAAAUGGAUGCAAGGGGUUUUUCAAUUGACGCAUCUUCCUUUUACUUGCUACUUCAUAUGAUCCCAGCAAAAGAACAAGAUUCUAACUUUGCUGAUCUAAUCCAAAAACUUGUGCCAAAUGAUGUAUUAAAAUCCAAAUUCCAGCCAGCAAAAUAGGCACCUUCAUCUCUGAGAAGGUUCAGUUGCUACUUUUACAUGAAUGGUCAUGCAAAACCGCCAAAAUUUGAAGGAUUGAUCUCUUGUGGAGGCAGGAUCUAGCUCUGUAAUGUAUAGAGAGCUCUGCUGGAGACGUGGCUUCUGAAAAACAGGAGAAAAUACUGUUGCUGGAAACAUGAAGGACUACAAGGAGGAAGUGAAGGCAUAUCGGAUUUCAUUAGCAUAUGCUUUUUCUGAAACUAAGGGCCUUGGAUGAAUUCCUCCAGAAUUAAAGAUAUGAUGCAUUUUGAGAAUUGGCAUCAAAAUCGAAGUUUCUAGGUACUGAUGGCAAGUCGUUUUCUUCCGAAAUACGUGAUAGGCUUGCAUAAAAGAUUGAUGACUUGAGAACUGGUUGAAGAUGAUGCAAUUAGAAUCUUGAGUGUUUAUGCAUCCGUCUCGAGGGUUCACCACAAUUUAUGCCAAGGAAACUCACAACGCUCACUGGUUACCAAGCAAAACUCACAACACAGAAGUUCACAAGCAAGUUGAUUUUAGACCAGGUCUCAGAAAAAGGACAAGCUUUUCGUUUACAUUCAAGUCUAGGAGAAUCAGAAGCAUUAACAAUAGUAGCAUAUACGAAAGCUACACCUACCAUACACAGACGUUUUUUGCAUACAUCCAUUAGCUACUGAAGGAGACAUUGAAACUAAAAUCAUAGGCACCGACGAUCACAAGGUAAAGCUCAUCUGAUGAAGAACUUCACAGUGAUCAUCAUCAUUAUACACACACACACACACUACUAUACGAUACGAGAUCCUUGCUUGUAUAAUACAUAAAAACUAGAAAACAGAAUCACUUCUUCUUGUUCUAUUGAAGAAGAUCUAUUAAUGGUUCGGAUUCAGGAGAUUGAUUUCGUACUUCUUGCUUCAUCAUUUUGAAGUUAUCACGACAUUCAGGAGAACAAUAUGCUUCCAAAGCUCUGCACAAUGAUGAAUCAAAUUGUGCAGAGGUUUGGAACCAUAUCGUUCUCCUAAAUGUCCUGAUAACUUUAAUAACGUAAUGCAAGUGGCACAAAAUCAAUCUCCUGAAUCUAAACCAUCAAUGGAGUCGGUCCAUCGACCUUCAGUAGCUACUGGUCGCGUGCAAAUAGUGUCUGUGUAUAGUAGGUCCAUUAACCAACGCUGUAUGUCAAGUUAUAGCCUUUUAUAUCUUUAGCAGUUUACACCUUCCAAAACUAUGCUUUUUCAUUGUGGACAUUUAUUUUCUAGGACAAAGGAAGUAUUAAUGAAAUACUUUAGU